AUGGGUAAAAUAUUAGUCUCAAAAGAAAUCAAAGAAAGAAUUAUCACCUUGCAACUUACUGGUAACUCUACAAGAAAAGUUCAGUUGACUCUCAAGAACAUAUCGCAGUCAUGUGUCACUAAAACAAUAGCUAAGUGGAAAAAAACAGGUAGCACAUUAGAUAAAAUCAGAUCCGGAAGACCCAGAAAAACAACUACCACUGUUGAUAAUAGUAUAUACAAAAUUGCAAGAAAAAAUCCUAAGUAUAGCGCGAAACAAAUUGCUCAUGAAAUAAAUCUAGCCCUUAAAAAUGACAUCUCAAGACAGGCAGUAAAUAGAAGAUUAAUUGAUCGUAAACUAUGCUCGUACACUGCUGCUAGAAAACCAAUGCUUAAAAGAUCAGAUCGACUUAAACGUUUUGAAUCUAUUAAAAAAAGAUGCUUCAAUAAACGUGAUAAGAUGAUCAAACCAGGUGCUGGUUCAACUUACCUAAAAGCAACUAUUAAGAACAGCAAUAUUUCAACUAAAAGCAAUUUUGAAUUAGAAGAAACUAUAACUGAAAAUGAAGAUCAGAUUGCUACUCCAAUUGCUGUAGAAGCCAAAAAAAAAAGGAAAAUUAUCAAUGAGGCGGAUAGAAGAAUAAUGCAAAAAACUUUCAAACUUUGA